AUGAACUUAAUAGUUUCUUCUAGCUCUAAAUUCUAUGACUUUGGAUGUUUCCAGGAAUCUGUGACAUUCAAGGAUGUGGCUGUGGACUUCACUCAGGAGGAGUGGUGUCUCUUGGACCCUUCCCAGAAGGCUCUGUACAAAGAUGUUAUGCUAGAGACCUCCCAGAAUCUGCUCUCUUUAGGGCUUCCAGGUGCCAAAGCAGAUCUGAUUUCCCAGUUGAAUCAAGAGGAAGCUUGGAUGCUGAAAGAAGAAGACCCAAGGAACUCCACUCUACGUGGGGAAACCAGGAUUAAAACCAAGAAAUCUACUCCAAAACUGAGUAUCUCCUGUGAUUUCAGUUUGAGAGAAAUCUGGAAUUGGGAGAGCAAUUUGGAGAAGAAGCAAGGAAAUUGGGAUAGUUAUUCCAGACCAUCAAAAAUUAACUUCAGGAAGACUUCCAGUAAAGGGAGAGAUGAGGAAUGUAAUAAAUUUCAGAGGAGUUUUAGUCCAGAGUUAGAUCUAACCCUUUCUGUCCAACAGACGGUGCCCACUGGAAAGAUUCUCUGUGAAUAUGAUGAUAGUGGAAGAAGCAUCAGGAAGUAUUCAGAACUAAUUCAAUUUAAGAAAAUUGCCUCAGGAAACAGAUAUUCCAAAUACAAUGAAUAUAGAGGUCAUUUUGAUGAGCAGAAUGAGCUUAUUCAGCAUCAGAUAAAGCAAACCAGAGUGAAGGUUUUUCAAGAUAAUCAUGGUGAGACUGCUUUUGCUUUAAUCCCAGAUCUUAUAAGUCAUCAGAAAAGUCAUCCUGGUGAAAUGACUCAUAAAGGUGAUGAAUGUAGUAGGGGACUUAUCCAUCAGUCGUCUCUUAGUUUACAUCAGAGUAUUCAAACUAGAGAGACAUUGCAUGGAUGCAAUCAAUGUUGGAAAGCCUUUUUUCAGAGCACAGAACUUAUUAAACAUCAGAAAAUUCACAGACUAGAAAAGCCCCAGAGCUCAACCCUUACUUCAUGCCAGAAAAUACAUUCUGGAGAAAAACUGUAUAAGUGUAAUCACUGUGGAAAGGCUUUCAGACAGUCCUCCAACCUUGCUGUACAUCAGAGGAUACAUACUGGAGAGAGGCCUUACAAAUGUAAUGAAUGUGGGAAGGCCUUCAGCCAAAGCUCAACCCUUAUGACACAUCGCAGGGUUCAUUCUGGAGAAAAACCUAAUAGAUGUAAUGAAUGUGGGAAGGCGUUCAGUCAGAGUUCAUCCCUUAUUGCUCAUCGAAGGAUUCAUACUGGAGAGAAGCCCUAUACAUGUAGUGAAUGUGGGAAAGCCUUCUGCCAUAGUUCAUCCCUUAUUGCACAUCGAAGGAUUCAUUCUGGAGAAAAACUGUACAAAUAUAAUCAGUGUGCAAAAACUUUCAUAAAGCCCUCCCAACUUGCAGUGCAGGAUCAGAGGAUUCACCCUGGAGAGAAGCCCUAUACAUGUAAUGAAUGUGGGAAAGUCUUCAGAUGGAAGGCAAAGCUUGUUGUACAUGAGAGAAUCCAUACUGGAGAGAAACCUUAUGAAUGUAAUCAGUGCAGAAAGGCUUUCAGACAGUCAUCUAAACUUGCAGUACAUCAGAGGAUUCAUACAGAAGAGAAGAUGUAUCAAUGCAAUGAGUGUGGAAAAGCCUUUUCCCAGAACUCAUCCCUUAUUGCACACCAAAGGAUUCAUUCUGGAGAAAAACUUUACAAAUGUAAUCAAUGUGGAAAGACUUUUAGAAAGCCUUCCAGACUUGUGGUCCAUCAAGGGAUUCACACUGAUGAAGCAUCAUAUAAAUGUAAUGACUGUGAGAAAGCCUUCAGUGAAAACUCAUCCCUUACUGUACACAAGGUGAUUCACACUGGAGAGAAACCUUACAAAUGUAGUCAGUGUGGAAAGGCUUUCAGACAGUCCUGCAACCUUGCUGUACAUCAGCGGAUACAUACUAGGGAGAAGCGCUAUAAAUGUAAGGAAUGUGGGAAAGUCUUUGGUGAACGGUCAUCCCUUAUUGGGCAUCAAAAAAUUCAUUCUGGAGAGAAACCUUACAAAUGUAAUGAAUGUGGGAAUGCUUUUAGACAGAGCUCAUCCCUUAUUGCCCAUCAAAGGAUUCACACUGGAGAGAAGCCCUAUAAAUGUAAUGAAUGUGGGAAGGCAUUCAGCCGGAGUUCAUCCUUUAUUGCCCAUCAAAGGAUUCACACUGGAGAAAAGCCCUAUAAAUGUAACGAAUGUGGAAAUGCUUUCAGCCACAGCUCAUCCCUUAUUGCUCAUCAGAGGAUUCAUACUGGGGAGAAACCCUUUAAAUGCAAUGAAUGUGGGAAGUCUUUCAGCCACAUCUCUUCCCUUAUUGCCCAUCAGAGGAUUCAUACUGGGGAGAAGCCCUUUAAAUGCAAUGAAUGUGGAAAGUGUUUUAGCCAGAAGUCAUCCCUCAUUGUACAUCAAAGGAUUCAUUCUGGAGAGAAGCCUUAUAAAUGUGAUCAAUGUGUAAAGGCUUUCAUAAAUGCUUCCAAACUUUCUGUACAUAAGAGGAUUCAUACUGGAGAGAAGCCCUAUAAAUGUAAUGAAUGUGGGAAAGCCUUCAGCCGUAGUGCAAACCUUAUUGUACAUCAGAGAACUCAUUCUGGUGAUAAACGUUAUAAAUAUAAUCAUCAAAAGUCUUUUGGACAGACCUCCACCCUUAUUGUACAGAAAAGACUUAAUACUGGAGAGAAUCUCUACAAAGAUAAUGAAUGUGGGAAGGCUUUCACUCUGAACUCAUAUCUUACUGGUCAUGAAAGAAUUCAGCCUGAAGUAAAACCUAAAUCUAUUUGA